AUGAGCGGCAGCAUAAUGAAACCAAUUUAUCAAAUGCUGUAUAUUCUGAUUCCUACAAUUUCUAUAGUGGGAAAUUCCUUGAUCGUCUACGUCACCAUACGCUCUGAUGAUCUCAAAAGUGCCUGUCACGUAAUGAUCGGUCUGAUUUCCUUCUGCGAUGUGCUUCAUGCGAUUGGACAUUACAUUAUGGUAAUCUCUCACAAU